GCGGGCCCCGCGCUGAGGGCGGUGGAGGCGGAGCCGCGCAAGAUGGCGGCCGGCCGGCUGCCGCCCGGCGCCCUCACCCUCAGGCAGUUCCUGAGGCGGCAGCAGGUUCUGCAGCUCUACAGGAAGGUCCUGAGGGCCCUCCGGGACGUCCCUGCCGAGGCAGAUCGCCGCUACUUGCAGGAGUGGGCCAGGGAGGAGUUCAGGAGAAAUAAGGAUGCUACAGAAGAGGAUGCAAUUAGGAUGAUGAUCACUCAAGGCAACAGGCAACUUCAGGAACUUCAAAGAACGCUUAAGCUGGCAAAAUCCUGAGUGUCAUUUUUUUGACAGCUGGACUUUCAUCUACUGAAAACCAGAAUGUGGUUAUAACAGCAAUCUGAUGACAGCCUGGUAAUAUCUGAAGGUGGAAUCCACCACAGUGUUCUUUUUGUUUUGGUUUGUUUUUUUCUUCCCCUUCUUCUUGGCUUGGUUAUUCUUCCAUGUGGGAAUCACUCAGACGCAAAAGACCCCGAAGAACUGAUGCGAUGAUGUAGCACGUGCUGUGGGAAAAGCUGAAAGCCCCCCAGAUUACAACAGAAGUGUGUUGCCAGGGAAACGGAAAAUAAAUGUAAACCAGAUGAUUUUGCCUGUUUCCUACUGUGGUACAUCUGAGUGGUAACACUUGCAGUGGUCACGGCCUUACCAGUGCCAGGGAUUUUUUUUUUCCUGAAUUAAGCAAGCAGAAGCAUUUGGGAUAAGUAAUUGUGUCAAAAAACAAAACACUACGUUAAGAAAAUGUUUUUUAUGUAGAUGCUGAUUUUCAAUUACAGCUGAAUAAAACUUAUAAAGGCA